CUGUAACAAAAUUGUAUCGGGGGUGUAAGUAGCAUAAAAGCAUCAUUGAUACAUCCUCGUCGUCAUCUUAAUCAAAGCUUUGCAAAGAAUUUGAAUAGAAGAAUGAAGUUGUGAAGAUCGUGAGAUUACCGCUUCCGUGUUUCAAGAGAUGUCGGCGUACGAGAAUGUUGUUGGUGGUAAAUUGAAGCUGAAGGGAAAAGCAUUGGAUGUUGCUGGUAGAAUCAAAAAGAAGAAAAAGAAGAGUAAAAGAAAUCAACAACAGUUUUUGCAACCAACUGAUGAUGAAGUUUCAGCAGGUGGAAGUACAGAGCAAGCUAAAGAUCCUAAUGACCAAGAAGUAAAUGAGGGGGGUGAACUGAACGGUGAAGAGAAGCCUGCUCAUUAUGAUGAUCAUCUUACGCCAGCAGAGAGGCGGUACAUAGAACAGAGAGAGCAGCUUGAUGUUCAUAGAUUGGCCAAGAUUUCUAACAAAUCUCACCGCGAUAGGAUUCAAGAUUUCAAUCAAUACCUCGCAAACAUGAGCGAGCACUAUGAUAUUCCUAAAGUUGGUCCUGGAUGAUUCGCGGAGUUGUUCCAAUAUGAAGAAGGAAAAUCCCUGACAUUUGUAUUAGUAUGUUUAAUAUUGACACUAUCUGCUUGCAUAAUAGUUUUUUUCACUACAUAUCUAUAUUUUGUUUUGGACUAAGAUAUACUUAUGAUAGAAUUUGUGCAAGUAUGAAGAAGUGAUGUUUUUUAUUGAUAGAGAAGUGAUGUUACUAUUGCCUUCAAUGAAAUUUCUUAAAUUUAUAAAUGUACUGUGAAAGGAAAAUGCUUAUAUUA